AUGUCUACCGAGCACCAACUCCGUGUACACUUCUUCUCGAUUUUCUUCACGUUUGCUCUCAUUUACCAAGAAAUUGAAGGUAUGAACGAUAGCGAAAUUGAUGUUUUUAUGUUAUUGAAGAACUGUUUUAUACAUAAAUGCUCGUAAAAUUUUGAUUUAGUGCUGAAGAACUGUAAGUUACAAGACGGCUUUGAUUUCACGAAGGAAGAAGCAUUGUUCAAAAGUAGUUACUUUUUAAUUAACACAGUAUCUUUAUGGUAAAAACAUGUCGAAUAGUCGCACAGUGGCACUUACUAGUUUGUUCUGAUUUCCACCGCAGGACUCAGCUUCAAAGCAGGAAAAUUCAAUGUGACCACAACUUUGAGUCUGUUUGCCUGUAAGAAUGUUUCUUUUGAGGAGCCUUUUCACGGUAGACAAGAAAUUAAAAUUUUCAUUUCUAAAAGCCAUGCAACCGAAGGUUCUACUCAAGCUCGUGGAAAUGGUGCAGCAAUUUGGGUGGAAUCUGUGAAUAACAAGGCAUUUACUGUCUGUGUUUUGGAAUACGGAGAUGGCUCAAGUGGCGCUUCGCAAGUGAACUGGAUGGCGCUGCAAUCUGUACCUGCUGGCGCUCAACUAGGCACAGCUUCUUUAAACGCCUGGACUACUGGAACAAAGUGUAAAAGAAUCGCUUUUGAAAAGGUUCGAUUAGUUCAGUUUUUCAUUUUUUUUUGUAAUUUCAUUUCUUUUGUCUCCUACAAAAAAAAACCCUUCAGCCUUUCACUUUAUACUCGUUAUUUCAUAUGUCUAUUCAUAAAAAGUGCUGGAGUCAUGCCCAAGUUUCAGAGUGUUUGACAACGUUGUUGUUGUUGCUAUGCAGGUGGUGUGACGUGUUUUCUUACUAUUACCUGUUAUGUCAUAUUUCUUGAAGAGAUGAAAAGUUUGAUUGAUAGACUGGGAUAAACUCAACAAAAUACUGUUAUUUUUAUGAGUUGCCGUGACGUCAUUAAUGUGGCGGCCAUAUUGGCUGCCAUCUUGAAUUUUAUUUAAAAUUCGUUUUUUGCUAAAAUCUGUCUUAAUGACAUUAAAUUUGAGAAUUAAGUUUGAAGCAUGCUAUAAUCAAAUAUUUUUCAUUUUUUGGAACUAUGCUAUGUGUAAUUUUUUUUAUAAAGAAAUAACGCGCAUAUUUCUUAGAAGUGGCUAGCCUUAUGCUAUUUAUGACGUCAUAUCGUGCUACCAUAGCAACCUUCCAUGACCAAAUUUGAACGAAAUUUGCCCUAGGAAUAAAAUGAGCAGUUGCUAAAAAGAAAAGGCCUUGGCUGAAAAUCCGUUUUUGAAAAUAUUGGGCAAAACCUGCGCGCUUCUACCAAUUCAAUUGAUGUUAAAUUUCAAGUUCUAAAUCUUCAAUCUCUUUCUUGUUCUUAAUUUGUUUCGACAGAGAAGAACAAAUUAAGAACAAGAAGGAGAUUAGAAUAAAGAAAAAGAAAUAGAGGAGAAAAUAUAGGGCUUUAAAGGACCAGAAAGCCGAGUAAACUGAAGCAGCUAAAGACGAAAAUAUAUAGAAAAUUAGAUCAAGAAAAUAAAACAACUUUUGAGAAACAAGUGGGGCAAGUAAAUAUAUUACUUAAAGUAACAGACUAAUGAAAAGAUGGGAAAUAAAUCAAGAGUUGAAGAAACUGAAAAAAAGAGCAGUGAACUUAUAGUUUAUGUCCGAGUUAAAUAAACUUGCAGGUAGAUUUAUUUACAAAGGAUGCUGGGAAAAAAAGAAGGAAGUAAUAGAAGGGUUUAAAAAGUAAAAAAACAAAAAACACUGAAACAAAUUUUGGUUGGGAUUUCUUGAUUGUUUUGUUGGUUUUUUUUGUCUGAUUUUCGUAUCUUGUCUCUUUCUGACUACUAAACAUGGCCAAAGAAAAAUGAUUACAAAAACAUUCAACUUUCAUUUGUAAAAUCCUAAGAAAUAUUUGAUUAAUCUAUGCAAGACUCACAUAAAAAAGUUCCAUGGAAAUAGUGACACUUAAGGGCUUCUUCCACAAAUUUAAGAGUUAGAGUAUGAAAAUAUCACGCCAUAAUGUGGUCUAGGAAUAAAGGGGUUAAUUGUUUUUUAAAUAUUUAUUUCAUUUAACGCUCCACUUUACCUGCCCUCGAUCAGCAACAGAGCUGCUUUUCAUGGUAGAAGUUAUAGUUUCUCUUCUUUGUCAUCUUUGUUCCUUCUUUCCUUAUUUUAUGGAUAAUAUCAUUUGUUCAUUUUUUUCCUCUUUCAGCGUUUUCAGGCUCUUCCAAAUGUCUUCGUCACUGUUAGUCACCAGGUUCUUAAAAGACCUCAAGACGCUUUGGCCCUGUGGGUAGAUGACUUGCGCAAGGACAGUUUUAAACUCUGCGCCAGAGAAAUUAAGAGUUUUGAUGGCAUUCACAAAAAUAUCAAAGUCGUAAGUAAUCAUCCAGAUAAUUAUUUUCUUCGAAAACUAAUUGUUUUGUUAGUAGUGGUGUCUUUUGGAACUAAGUAGAAAUGCACGAACUCGUAACCAUUGAACAAAUUUUAUGCACUGUUAUGUGGCUUUUCAUUAACACCAAUAUAGAUUGUUUUUCGCACAAAACAGUAAGCAAACUCUACAAUAGCUUAUUCAAAAUUGCCACGGCUCAGUAUCGUCAUCCCCUGUAACCGUAGCAACAUUUUGCAACAAAAUUUGUAAAAAUGUGCCUGAGGAAGAAAUGAACGUUUAAUGAAAACGUUGAUGCUCGAUUAUUUUUCUAUCUCAUCAAUCCCCCACUCUCCUUCUUGUGCAUUUGAGAGCAAAGCAAAUAUUAAAUAAGUGGCGUUGUUGGGUACCCUUGCUUUGCUUUCUUCUUGGUUUGAAAGCAUAAUGACAGUAAGAACAAGUGUUACAUUUAUAGGCUCAAAAUUCUUGCUUCAUAUCUUUACCUCUUCCCUGCAGGAUUGGAUGGCUUUUACUAAAUUGAAGACUGACAAUUUCACCUUGACUGAUAGUCUCGUGUUUACAAACAACAACUCACCACCAAAAAAACAGGACAACAACGCUAUUUGCCAGGUAGUGCCAUUUGACUCGUGUUUUAAGGCUUGCCUCAACCAAUUUGUGGGCUUUAAUUUCAAGUAGAAACAUUUCUCUCAUCUUCACUUGGUAAGCAGUUUGAUUCUAUUUGAUGCGGCUUUUCAUUGCCUGUCUAAGUCACGUGACUGGCAUUGGUCUCGUAACGGUCAAAAUGUUUCACCGAAAAUGGGGAGUACAUAGUCAAACUGUAUUCUCCUUAUUUUAUCGUUUUUCUAUGGCUUCUAGCCAGAACUUUAGUGUGCCUGCUUUCAAUUAUGUGCAUGCAUGCUUUGUCGGAAACCGUCAAUUAAGAGCAUUUCCAUUUUCCUGUUUUUAGUUGGUAGGAGGAAUGAGAAAAUGGAUGUUAAGGUAGUUUUUCUUGGAAAGUGAUUACCUAUUUCUUAUGCUAUUUUUUUUGUUCUUGGUUUCAGAAAGUCAAGUUCCAGGAUGCUUUUUAUGCCCCUCCGGUUGUAGUGGUGUCUCCAAGACUUGGUUACAAUAACAACAAAUCACGUUUCUCAGGAUCCGCACCAUGUAACUUAGUUACUGCCUGGGUUGAGGUUAGAAAUAUAUAGUCUGCCUAUUCUUCCUGUGGUUCUAAUAGGGAGAAUUUGUUUAAAAUUAAAGAAAUGUUGUUUUUACCGUUGUCCUUAUACUCACGUUAAAAACUUAGAUUUUUGCAAUGACGUAUAGCGGGGUAUGUAAAGCGAAUGAGGGCUAUUUAACUGGUUUCUCAUUUUUAUAUAAUUAUGGCACUGAAACAGCCUUCCUGAAUGAUAGUACAUUAAGCUAUUUUUAAGAAUAAUAAAACCAGGCUUUCCGCAAAGGAAACGCUCUUAAGAACUUUUGUGCCGACUUGUGCGUUGGAAACUGAUUAUUUUUAUAGUUUUGUAUUCGUUUUGUUCUUUAAAACAAAGGUGUAAGAUCUAACAGGUUCUUAACAAUUCAGUAUACGCGAUUUCUUACUCUACUUGCACUAACCCUUGGUUUAACCAUCAAUAAAUCGACAAGUCAGUUGAAAUUUGAAAAAAAAAUAUUGUAUGACUUUUUUUGUUUUACUAAAAUACAUUGAACAGAUUUACUCUAGUUCAAAAAAAUGCUAUAUUUUGUGAAAUGUGAACUUAAGUAUUUCUUUCGCUGUUUUGGAACAUGCUCAGCAUACAUCUACAAACGAAACAGAAGUGUGUGUGAGAAGCUACAACAAGGACGCCAACGAUAAGGGUAUCAUAAAGGUCGAUUAUAUGGUAAUUGGAGGUACGUGAUAAAUUAUGUAAUGUAAAAUAAGGUAAAAGCAAUGACUUUUAUCUGUAGACAAUCAAGGUGCUCUCCUAACAAUAACAAUAAGAUAAUAGUGAUUAACUGGACAAUACUAAAAUACAUAUGUUUAAUUUUGAUCAAAUUUUAUCCUAAAUUAAAGUUUUUUUUCCUUUGUUUCAAAUCAGUCAAAUUAUAAAUUACCAAGCUCCAAAACAAAAGAAAGUGAGAUUAAAGGCUAGGUUAAAAUUCAGCAAUAUACGACAUAUAUAGAAGCGCUCAUGUGCUUUAGGCUGUGGUCACAUUAUACCAGAUAACGAAAAGCUAUAGCGUAUAGUAUAGUGUGUGAACACCUACAUGUAUCCAACAUCUGACUCUCGACUUUAGAGAUCGGCGAGGCACAAUUGCAGCCUCUCUUUGUCACAACCGCAACAGCUGUUUUUUCGUGUGUGAACAGAAGCCCUUUUCGAUAUGAUUUUGGUGGCGGCGCAAAAGCUAUUUGUUAUAGUAUGAAAUUAACCUUAACCUUUACCCAGUUCCCUGAUGACUAAAAAUUCCAGGCUGUUUUAUUUACUGACAAAUUCGAAAUGAAUGAAUCUGAAAUGAUGCACUCUGAUUCCAACACUUGUAUGUUUGUCUUUUAGACUUGGAUCCUUGUAUAGAUGUAACAUGUCAUUAUCACAGUCUGUGUAAGGCUUUUGGAUCUGAUGAUGCACGCUGUGUUUGUUUGGACAGCUGUCCAACUUACAAAGAACCCGUAUGUUCAUCCAAUGGCACAACAUACGACAACAAAUGUCUGUUUGAACAGGAAGUUUGUCUCAAUCGACUAAACUUUACCGUACAACAUCCUGGCAGUUGUGAAGGUCAGCAGUUUUGUUGCCUUUUUGUGGUGGUCAACGUGCACCUUUUCACCGAAUCCUGUUAACCUUGUUGGACUGAUAGUAAAAUUUUCUUUUACUUCAUUUCCGUUUACUUUGCCAUUCUUCUUGGGGAAAAGUUAUUGCGUCAACAAGGGAUUUAAUUUUGUAACAUUAAGCCUAUAACUUGUCUUUGCAACUCCUUUUUAGGAUUUCCUCUUCAGCGUGGUCGCCUUCACAUGGCCCAUAUUCCAUCUCUGGGUUAUUCUCACUGUCAAGUAAUCCCUUUCGAGCCUUUUGUGUUUUACCCUGACAAAUCCAUUGAAGUGCAGAUAACUGUCAAUCAUAUGGAUACCAGUGACAAAUCAUAUGUCCAUGACGCGGCGGUAUCGUGGAUUGAAAAGGUCAAUAACGGCGGAUUUACUGCCUGUGUGAUGGCAGCCGGAUAUAACGAACGAACGUCGUAUGCUAACGUGACAGUUGAUUGGAUGGCGUAUCAAGGUGCUCCAAUGGGUGGUGUGACUGGUGAACUGCGCAUGUCACAGUGGUGGACAGGGACGACUUGUGCAACUGUCAAAUUUCCCACUGUAAGUUGCCCUAAUCUAUUUCUGAACGCUCUCUUUUUGAAAGCUUUUAUGGUUAUAAACAUCAUUCACGACAGUUGAACUUUUAGAAGUACUGUCAAAUUACAGUUCAGGGUGCUUUAUAGUUGUGAAAAAACGCUAAAAAAUAAAAUAGUAAAUGAAAUAAAAUAUAAAGUGAUCGUUCUUUCACUAAUUAACCACAUUAUGUAAAUUCGAAGAAGUGUAACAUAACGUUCAAACUGCCGCUUUUAAUAACUUUGCUAAAUCUAUAAAGAUCACCACUCUUUCUUUGAAUUGUUAAUAAAGUGGAUAAACAAAGAAAUAAAACAUAAAGAGAUAAAUAAGAACAGAUGAUAAUAAUUUUAAAUACAAGCAUUUUAUCAGAAUGACAAUUUUUCUGUGCUAUUUGCAGAGGAAAUUUUCAGUCAAACCUUCAGUCUUUGUGACGUCAAAGCAUUACAAUCUAGGACUAAAACGUGACGCUGCAAGUGUAUGGAUUGAAGAUGUAACAAAAUCAUCUUGUAAAGUUUGUAUGAGAGAACUGCAGAAUUAUGCUGGAUCGCACCAAGAUAUUUUUGUGGUAAGUAUAAUGUAUCCUCUAGUGAAUGUCAAACAUGGAUCAUGCAUUGGGCUGCCACCGGCUUUAUAAGUUACAGGUAAUUCUACGGAUACCCUUAAAAAGAACAGCCCGUAGUUAUCAUAGGUCGAGCAACUCUGCAAAUUCAUCUUAGAAUUAGUUAUUAAAAGGCGCCAUUCUUCACCUUCACACCUCAUGCCCAUUACUUUUUGUUAUUUAUCUAUGCAUGCCGGUCGAUAAAUGAGAAAUAACGAGUUGUUGAUUUUAUUUUCAGAAUUGGCUAGCCUUUUCGGAUCUUCCCAACCCUCUCUUUUCAGAACAUAACUCGAUCUACUUUGCAAGUGAUAAACCUCCCAACAGAAGACAUUAUAAUGCAUUUUGCAAGGUCAGUAUCAGCGUUUGAGUUUGAAUCCAAAUCUCAGUGAAAAAGCCUUUUUUUACCAUCUGAUGGUAGUUAUCAAAUUUUAAUUUCAGACCAUUAAAGCGAAGGUGUUUAACCUGUAACAGUCUUAGCAAUGUACAUAAUACUGACAAUUCCACAGGUCACACAUUCGCUAUUUCUAUACCUCAGUCACCUCUAUGAUGGAGUCUGUCCAUUUGGUGUUUGUAUGCAUUGAAUAGUUUUAAGAAUUAAAUGAAGUAUUCUGUGAAAGGAGAAUGAUAGAGCAAAAGCACAAAACCCUUUUGAAUGGCAAUUUCACAUUAUCAAAGGUUUAAAGUUUAGUUGCAGCCUAUGUUUCAAAGGGCUUCUUGUGCCGAGCUGAGUGAUUUCAACUAACGUUGGCCUCAAAAUCUCUUUCGUCUUACUGUAUUUGUUUCCCAGAUUUGAGCUUCUCAGUUUGGAAGUGUACUUUAUGUAGUGCCAGCCCAGUUUAAAGCCAUUAAAGCCAACGUUCUCAAAUUUCACGUUAUUUCCCUUUACCCGUCUCUAGUCAAGGACACUUCAAGGUAGUAUCUAUGAACAGUAAAGUAAGAUUUAGUUUUCCAGACCUUUUCAGAGGAUUCUAUCAAUACAAAAAAACCGUUGGAUUUGGAAGUAUUCUCUCUAGUUUUUUCUUAAUUAAUGAAUUAUCUGUCUCUAUAACUUGACUGUAUAACCCAUAGAGUGAAAUGUAAAAAAGGCGUGUGUGAAGUAGACGAUAAGGAUUCUAAUCCCCUUCCAGUUGCAAGAAAUAUUUUCUUUACCUUUUAUAGGAGGCAAUCUUUGCCAAAAGUUAUAACACAACGCCACACGUCUUGGUUUCUGCUUCUCACUCGACAAAAGGAGGGAAUCAAAGUCCAGUUCAUAACAGCAUAGCUGCGUGGGUAGAGGUUAGUAACUAGUGAUGUCAGGAUAUCAAAUUUCUUAUUAAAUUAAGAGUAGUAUAGUAGAGAACUAAUUAACCUUUUUUGCGGACGAAUCUCGUUAUUCUGCUGAGGAAUACAUAAACACCGAUGAUGUUAUGACCUUUUUUCUUUAUUCCUUGAAUAGUAACCUGUGAAUAAUCGUAAUAAUAAUGAUUAUAAUAAGAAUAAUAAUAAUAUUAUUAUUAUCAAGCGAAUUAAUUGUAAAUAGGAUUUUAGUAGUUAGCAUUGUCGUCAAUAAAAUUUAAAAAAAAUUACUAUAUUCAUAAUCAUAAUCAUAAUCAUAAUCAUAAUCAUAAUCAUAAUCAUAAUCAUAAUCAUAACAUAUUUAACCAGGGUGAACCUGUCUGUUAAAGAUGUUAUAACUGGGGAGAACGAUACCAUUUUCAGCACUGAAGAAUACAGGCAACUACUACAAAUAAAGAUAAAAAUAAGUAGAUACAGGUGUAUACUGGUGCUUGGGCACCAGUGAAAAGAGUGCCUUUCUUCGCAGAUUCUGUGCGUCCUGUAGAAAUUAAAGUAUCUAAAUAUAGGUGGAAUCUCAUUAACAUAGGUCGUGUGUCAUUUUAAGGUGGUUUAACCGGUUUUACACUGGAGCUUUCUAGAUCUUCUUAGGGAAACAAAUGCGUUGCUUUUUGAUUGGUUGACUAAACAAAAAUAAAGUAUUCAUUUGUUGAUUAGUGCUGUCAAAGUAACAAGCGUUAGAUCCCCUUUGACAUGAAAUCGCUGGGUAAGUAUCCAGUUCUGCUGCUUUCAUUGCCCAACAAUUUUUUCCAGUUUUGAUUCUUGGAGAGCAAAUCGUGCAUAUUGAUGAGUUCGAAGACAAACUAGCUCUUUCUGAUAACAGACCGAAUUGUUAACUUACCCGAGUCCCCCUUCUCCUUCUCCACAAUUCAGUUUUUUCGCUUCACCUUCUUUUUUUGAUUUUCCUUUCAGCACGAACACCACCACCACAGCCUCCACAACCACAUUUUCAUUGUUUUUCGGGUCCUCCUCCACUACCAUAUUACUAUUGUAUUCCUACCACCACCACCUUUCUAUUGUUUUCCCUCUUCCUCCACCACCACCGCCACUGCCACCACCAAAUUUCUAUGUUUUUCCGCCCUCACCUCCCCACUAUUAUUGCAUUUCUAUUGUUUUCCCUACUCCACCACCACCACCACCACGUUCCAAUGCGUAUUUCCACCACCACCACCACAUUCCAAUGCGUAUUUUAGUACUAAUGUUUAGUGCUUUUACAUGCAGUAUAUUAGCAGGAAAGGCUUUCGGGUUUGUGUCAAAGAACUGUAUGAGGAAAAAUACGACCCGCUCUUCAUAUCCUACAUAGUUUUGUCAGGUAAGAACUUUACUGCUUAAAAGAGAAGAUUUUUUACCGUAUAUCUAUCAAUAUUGUCUCUUAUUUGUGAUUCAAUACCGUGAUUUAUACGCACAGAUAUCUGUCCAGUUGGAUGGGAUUACUUCAAUGGAUACUGCUAUUUAACGAGCUCUGUAUGCGCACCUUGGGUGACUGCAGUGUCCAACUGUUCAAUGAUGAACUCACAUCUGGUAACAGUGCACAACCAAGAGGAAAAUGUGUACAUACAGCACCGUCACAAUGGCGAGCGAUCAUGGAUUGGCCUCAAUGACCGAAGCAUCGAGGGAUCGUUUGUGUGGACAAACAAGGAAAUAAUCAGUUUUCAGUUCUGGGCUCCGCAACAACCAAACAACUUGAAAAACGAAGACUGUGUCCACGCCCUUGGUGCAGAGGAUGGCUAUACUUGGAACGACGUGUCAUGUGAUAAAUGCUAUAACUAUACUUGUGUUAAAGGCAAGUUUUGAGUUACCAUAGAAAUACUACAAAUCCAAACCUUUGUCACCAAUAACGAGGUUUGAAGAUCACUUCUGCAGUAGUGAGUUUUUAUGAUAAUUUUAUCGCCGUGGUGUUGAUCAGAAUUUUAUAAAGUCUGCAUUUUAUGGAACUCUCUUCCAGGCAGUAGUCUAAAUAUUUAGGUAAAGGUAAGCCCUGUACUUAUCACUCUCAGUUAUUCCCCCCCAAAAAAAUCCUCAUGUGAAUGAUAAUACUGCUUCCAAGUAGGAUCACGGUGAUAAAAUGGUCUUCAUUGACUUUUGUUGUCUACUGUAGACAUUGACGAAUGCAUCAGCAAUUAUCACAGGUGUGAUCCAAACGCUGCUUGUCAGAAUACCGUGGGCUCAUACAUUUGCACCUGCAAAGCUGGAUUCUAUGGAAAUGGAAAAAGGUGCUUUGGUAACUAUCGCAAUCCUUUUUUAUGUUUUCCCGACCUUUGCAUUCUGGUUGGCUGUUGAGUUAACAUAUAUUUGCCUUUUAAGGUAACUAAGGUUCUACAUUCUUAUCCAAUAUGUAUGGAUCAGAACUUACCAAUAAACUAAAAACUAAGAAUUACGAUGGGCAUUCUCGAUCUUUCUUUUGAAAAUUAAUUAGGCACAUAGAAUAUCUGCUAAUAGCACGUUUAGUGUCCUAUCAGCUUCUUCUGGGCUCAGGUUUGACAUUUAAUGUUAUAUAUCAUCAAAUUGACUGGGACUCGGCGACAUGUAUAACGUAUUUUACAGAAUACUAUCAACGUCUUACUUUAGAACCCUGGUUUACUAACUUAGAACAAACGCCACUGAAUCGUAGCCAACAGUUACCAGUGCCGUACAAACAACUUUUUGACGAGAUCAAGCAAAACUAACUACGAGAGAACGACUGGAGAACUGACAAUUUAACAAACAAUAGACGGCUGUUUAACUGUGACCAUAGACGGAUCGAAACGCACCAAUUACUUAUUACGAGACUUCAUAGCCAAUAACAUCACGGCUUAACUGACAGACGACCAAUAACAUCGCGACGUAAUUGACCAAUCAGUUCAAUAACCAGAGUAUGAUACCAUCAACUGACGUGAUACAACUCACUUUGACUCUGAAGAUGACUACCGCACAGGUUGUCGAAACGUCAGUCACUGUCAACAACAACGGUUCACCUGGACGAUCAAACUAUAUUUUCUUUACCUUUUAUAGGAGGCAAUCUUUGCCAAAAGUUAUAACACAACGCCACACGUCUUGGUUUCUGCUUCUCACUCGACAAAAGGAGGGAAUCAAAGUCCAGUUCAUAACAGCAUAGCUGCGUGGGUAGAGGUUAGUAACUAGUGAUGUCAGGAUAUCAAAUUUCUUAUUAAAUUAAGAGUAGUAUAGUAGAGAACUAAUUAACCUUUUUUGCGGACGAAUCUCGUUAUUCUGCUGAGGAAUACAUAAACACCGAUGAUGUUAUGACCUUUUUUCUUUAUUCCUUGAAUAGUAACCUGUGAAUAAUCGUAAUAAUAAUGAUUAUAAUAAGAAUAAUAAUAAUAUUAUUAUUAUCAAGCGAAUUAAUUGUAAAUAGGAUUUUAGUAGUUAGCAUUGUCGUCAAUAAAAUUUAAAAAAAAUUACUAUAUUCAUAAUCAUAAUCAUAAUCAUAAUCAUAAUCAUAAUCAUAAUCAUAAUCAUAAUCAUAACAUAUUUAACCAGGGUGAACCUGUCUGUUAAAGAUGUUAUAACUGGGGAGAACGAUACCAUUUUCAGCACUGAAGAAUACAGGCAACUACUACAAAUAAAGAUAAAAAUAAGUAGAUACAGGUGUAUACUGGUGCUUGGGCACCAGUGAAAAGAGUGCCUUUCUUCGCAGAUUCUGUGCGUCCUGUAGAAAUUAAAGUAUCUAAAUAUAGGUGGAAUCUCAUUAACAUAGGUCGUGUGUCAUUUUAAGGUGGUUUAACCGGUUUUACACUGGAGCUUUCUAGAUCUUCUUAGGGAAACAAAUGCGUUGCUUUUUGAUUGGUUGACUAAACAAAAAUAAAGUAUUCAUUUGUUGAUUAGUGCUGUCAAAGUAACAAGCGUUAGAUCCCCUUUGACAUGAAAUCGCUGGGUAAGUAUCCAGUUCUGCUGCUUUCAUUGCCCAACAAUUUUUUCCAGUUUUGAUUCUUGGAGAGCAAAUCGUGCAUAUUGAUGAGUUCGAAGACAAACUAGCUCUUUCUGAUAACAGACCGAAUUGUUAACUUACCCGAGUCCCCCUUCUCCUUCUCCACAAUUCAGUUUUUUCGCUUCACCUUCUUUUUUUGAUUUUCCUUUCAGCACGAACACCACCACCACAGCCUCCACAACCACAUUUUCAUUGUUUUUCGGGUCCUCCUCCACUACCAUAUUACUAUUGUAUUCCUACCACCACCACCUUUCUAUUGUUUUCCCUCUUCCUCCACCACCACCGCCACUGCCACCACCAAAUUUCUAUGUUUUUCCGCCCUCACCUCCCCACUAUUAUUGCAUUUCUAUUGUUUUCCCUACUCCACCACCACCACCACCACGUUCCAAUGCGUAUUUCCACCACCACCACCACAUUCCAAUGCGUAUUUUAGUACUAAUGUUUAGUGCUUUUACAUGCAGUAUAUUAGCAGGAAAGGCUUUCGGGUUUGUGUCAAAGAACUGUAUGAGGAAAAAUACGACCCGCUCUUCAUAUCCUACAUAGUUUUGUCAGGUAAGAACUUUACUGCUUAAAAGAGAAGAUUUUUUACCGUAUAUCUAUCAAUAUUGUCUCUUAUUUGUGAUUCAAUACCGUGAUUUAUACGCACAGAUAUCUGUCCAGUUGGAUGGGAUUACUUCAAUGGAUACUGCUAUUUAACGAGCUCUGUAUGCGCACCUUGGGUGACUGCAGUGUCCAACUGUUCAAUGAUGAACUCACAUCUGGUAACAGUGCACAACCAAGAGGAAAAUGUGUACAUACAGCACCGUCACAAUGGCGAGCGAUCAUGGAUUGGCCUCAAUGACCGAAGCAUCGAGGGAUCGUUUGUGUGGACAAACAAGGAAAUAAUCAGUUUUCAGUUCUGGGCUCCGCAAC